AGAACAAUGGACAAGAAUCUGAACCGCCAACAGCCAGCAAGGGAGGCAAUCAUGCGCCGCCAGCUCAACAGCAACCACCCCAGCUUUCAACCCCUGGCAAAGGAGGCGGCCAGGGACGCCCGGCACCUCCAACAAACCAUAACGGGCUUACUUUUGCGCCAACUAUUUCCGAGAUCUUCAACUUCUAUGAUGGCUCCGUGUUCGAUCCUACUGGUAACUCCAUGACAUCGGGAGCUGAUAGAAUGGCACAAGCACGCGAGAUCAACGCCAAUGUACCGUUCGAAAUCCAAAGCGGUUUCAACGAUAGGAGUAUUAACUAUUACCAUCCUGGAACUGGCGAUUUCUUUUACUACAGGGUAUACAGUGAUAAUGGUUGCGCAAUUGUCCAGGUGGCUGCCUCUUGCAAUUGCUACGUGAGUGGAUUUGAUCAACAACUUCACUACUUGACAUUCGACCAAGGAGCCGACUUGGAAAGAUCCACUUUCAAUCACAACGCGCGUCUUCCACCCGCAACGAAGCAUUCGGUCAAAUCUGGCGAUACACUACUUGCGAUUGCUGAAGGUGAUUACUUGGAUGCAAUUGCAAAGGUCUACAACGUUACUCUCUCUGCCAUUGUAGCGUUGAACGAACAGAUCGAAAAUCCUGAUCUCAUCUUCCCCGGCCAAAUGAUUAAGGUUCCCGCCAAAGGACUCGGCGAUCCUUUCUGUACGACUGUCGAGCCCGGAGACUCUCUUUACUCGAUAGCAGACAAGUGGGGCCUCACCCUACCUUCCGCUGAAGCAGCCAAUCUUUUGAUCAAGGACAAGAACCUCAUCUAUCCGAAACAAGUCGUGAAUGUUUCCAUGUACUUGCCUGUUCAAGGUAAUCUCACAUCCGCGAACUCUUGCCCAACAUGUGAGAUGGAUGGCCAAGCUGCAACUGCCUUGACUGGUGCUAAGUUUGCGAUGGUCACGGCAGCUCCAAAGCUUUUUACGACCACAGUUGAGGUUGGACCAACAGCUACCCCAAUUGUUGCAAGGGCGCCCGCUUUGGCUGGCUCCGAGGGAACUGUUGAGAAUAAUUCGUGGGUUGGGAAUGCAAGCCGUAAGCUUUUCCGUCGUGUCUAAAUUCGCAGUGUGGGAUUUCAAUGCACAGGUUGUGAAAAUCCCAGCGUUGAAAAGAGCGAGAUUGUCUUACAUAAAAUGUAAA